AUGGCUAUUCAAACCAACAUCAACGAAUCUUUGUCUUCUGUCUUCAUCGAAAAAUAUAAGCAGAACGAGUAUGCGAGUCUGGCGAGAGCAGUUGCCGAUAUGUGCCAACAAGCACUUUCAAAAAAUGGCAUACCCCAUAAAACCCAGAGCCGCGCAAAGGAGCCCGAAAGUCUCCGAAAGAAAAUUGAGCAGCGUGAGCGCAAAAAUGGACGAUACAGAACUCUGGAGGAUGUUCAUCACGAUAUCGUGGAUCUCGCCGGGGCUCGCAUCAUUCUUGAAAGAUGGGAAGAUCGCCAUUUUGUCAAGGAGAUAAUAAAUGAGACGUUCAAAGUUCAGAAAGAGGAGCUCAAGAACGAAAAGAGUGGCUAUGAAGCAGUACAUUAUCGUGUCUACCCUAAGCAAAAUGGGUGGCAGUGCGGUCCACAUACAACGGAGGAGGAGCCCCUUGUUGAAAUCCAAGUUCAGUCUUGGUACAUGGCGCAAUGGGCCAAUGUUGAGCACGAUGCUCAGUAUAAGACAUCUAAGGGGCCGAGCCAAGCGAUGAGCAACAGCCUUGAUCUUUGGCUCCAGUUGUCUAAACUGACCGAAUUCCUUGCCGAACAAACCAAAGCAAUCAAGGCCAAGCAAGAUGCGAAGGACAAACAAAAGUUCAGGGGUAGGAAGCACGUCGGCAACCAUUUGGACAAGUGGUUCUCGGAUGAUGGGAAUGCCGCUGACUGGGCAAAGAAUCAGAAAGAGAUGGGAUCUUCCACAGCUUUAGAAAUAUAUUUGGAUGCUCGUGGAUGGAAGACUCCUGGGUCUCUAAAUCGAUUGCUCUACGAGCACUUUGGGCCUGAGGCACAGGAUGAAUACUCAGAUGUUGCUGCACAAUAUGCGGGAAUCGACUUGAACCGUGUAAUCUAUCUAAUGGACCGGGUAGUCUUGAACUGCGGAGAAAAUUGUUCUGGUGCCUUCGAAAUCCCCAACAAUCAUGAGGUACAUGCCUACAAGAUCCAGGUGAUUUUGAGCACGUUCAUCUGGAUGAACCGUCUCUUUCUGCCAACCUAUGGAUGGCAGCGUUUAUUCACGCGCAUUGAGGACCAAAAGACUGUGCGCGAGGGUAUUCUCUUGCUUGGAAUGAGCGCCCGGCAGAAUUUUGCUGAAGAAAGCUCCUUAGCCGAUGAUGAGGUCAGCAAGCUGAACAGGUUGUGGGAUUGGUUCUACGAAAGUCGUGAUCGACCGAUUAUGUUGGCUUUCACGAUGUCGAACCAGGGGGCUAUUAGAGAUGUUCCCAAAGAAAAGACUGAUCUGCGAAAUGCCCUUCGGCCACUGAUUGCUGCCUUGGGUCGGGGUAUGACUUGA